AUGGCCGCUACUCCUGACGCUCUUCAGCUCCUCACCGCCAUGGAUGCACGCAUCACUGCCAUUGAAAACGACAUUAAGAGUCUCACGACCAUCGAACCGUCUCUUCUGUUCCUACACAACCACUUUGAAUUCUUCCGAAACCUUGUUAAUGGCCUGGAUCCGAGACUAGCUAUGAUUGAGAACGCCGUAACCGUCGGUAUCCCCGCCCAAAUCCACAAGCAAACCGAGAUGGACAAGACCGAGGUGGUUACCCAAGCUAGUAAUUUGAUCCAUGUCGCCAUCCGCGCGGACUUAGAUGAGAUCCGCCGAUCUGUUGAUACUUUCCGCCGCGAUGCUGCAGCUAAUUGGGCCACCAAGGGGGACGUCGAGGCCGCGAAGCUGUCCGCCUCCACCGCGGUCCCACAAGCGUCUUCCAGCAAGCCCAAAGUCCCACCGCCCACCGCAUUCUCUGGCAAACGAGAAGAAUGGAAAAUUUUCCUGUCCCACCUAUCACUGUUUUUCACCGCCAACGCAACCCAGUACCCAAACGACACCGACAAGAUCCUGUUUGCUAUCUCCCGCUUGGGAGAAGGCUCAGCCUUCAAAUACAUGGAACAAUAUAUCGCCGACUUCAACAAGCCUCCUGCCGCUCGCCCAAUGAUUAUCUCCAGCUACGAUACCUUCACCAAGACUAUGUCCGAAAACUUCGGCAUCCAGAAUGCUGUAAUAGCAACAAAACGAAGGAAGGAACAAGUGCAGGAACAAGAGGACACGAGGUAG